GGUUAUGUAUGCAUGUGUUAGUUUGCAUGAAAGAGCUUAGAUCUGUUUUCGAGUCAAAAAUUGCGUGGAUUUUGAUUUAUGUUAGUUAAACAAGUUUGAUUUGAUGCACUGUGCAAGUUGGAUCAGCUUGAUGAUGAAAUUUUCAGGGAAUUUAGUUUAAUUUGAGCUAAAUAUAUGCGUUUGUAGUCAUAUGUGAUUAUUUUGUUUCUGCUCUUCUUUAUUUUGUUUAUUUUUUGUUAAAUAAAUGCGUGAACUUUGUGAUUGUCUAGCUACAAAUCUGAGAGAAAUUUUAUGUAGUUCUCUUAUGCUUAGAAUUGCUCGUUUUCGUGUUGAUUGAGCAAACAAUUCAUAUCCUGUAUUGCUAUGGGUUUUGGGUUUGCUCUUCGACUAAGGAUGUUGAAUUUUAGCUACAUUAAGUUAAAUAUGUUUUUUAUGAACUAGGUGUCGAGUUUCUAUUAGAUUUACCGAAUAGUGUGAUUUUUUUCUUAAUUUGAGCUAUUCAUGUGUAUUAACUUUGAAGAUUUCUUUGUUUAAAAUGUACCAAAAUAUAGAUGUCUUUGGUCUCAUAUAUUAUAAUUUGCUCUAUUUUUAAAAUGUUUAUUUAUAAUGCGCGUGUAAGUUUGUGCAUGUGUAGCUGCAGCUGAUACUCAGAAUAGAAUUUAUGUAUUCCUUUACACGUAAAACGUGCGUGUUUUCAUGUUGAAUUGAUACAAGAAUGGGCGUCCUGUAUUAAAUAUGGAAUUCAGAUUUGGGUAUGGUUCAGCAUUUUGGAAGUGCAGUGAUGUGCUGAGUAAUGGCACUUAGACUUCCAGCUCCAAAGGCAGCUGAGGUUGCAAUUGAGUCCAUAGGGCGUGGAUAUGAUAUAACAACAGAUUUAAGGUUGAAAUAUUGUAAAGGAGGCGCAAAGGAUUCACAAUUAAUUGAGAUUGAUGAAGGUGUGGGCAGAGAGAUUGUUUUGCCCGGUGGGAUUUCAAUACCAAAUGUGUCCAAAUCAAUAAAGUGUGAUAAAGGGGAGCGGACAAGGUUUAGAUCUGAUGUCCUCUCAUUCCAGCAGAUGUCUGAGCAAUUCAACCAGGAAAUGUCAUUGACUGGAAAAAUUCCCUCUGGGCUGUUCAAUUCCAUGUUUGAAUUUACAGGUUGUUGGCAGAAAGAUGCAGCUAAUACUAAAACUCUGGCUUCUGAUGGGGUAUUCAUUACUCUUUAUACAGUUGCAUUAGAGAAAUCUCAAAUGGUACUUCGUGAUCAUGUUAAAAAGGCUGUUCCAUCAUCAUGGGAACCUGCAGCAUUAGCAAAGUUUAUUGAAAUGUUUGGCACUCAUAUUAUUGUUGGCGUGAAGAUGGGUGGGAAGGACGUCAUAUGUAUGAAGCAGCAGCAUUCAUCUAUUCUUCAACCAGCUGACCUACAGAAGAGACUAAAAGAGAUGGCUGAUAAGAGGUUUUUAGAUGCCAGUGGACAAUAUACCAUGGCUUCUGAACGAGUUUAUCAGAAUAACAAGUCAUCAUUGUCUCAGUUGGAAAUCAGGGAGCAGCUGCCAAGGUUUGCUGAUACUGGUUCCUCAAGUUCUUAUUCUCAAAAGGAGGAUAUCAUGAUAAUUUACAAAAGGAGAGGUGGAAGUGACAAUAAAGUUCUAUCCCACAGUGAUUGGUUACACACUGUUCAAUUUGAGCCUGAUGUAAUCUCAAUGUCCUUUAUUCCAAUUACUUCUCUAUUGAAUGGAGUCCCAGGGAAUGGAUUCUUGAGCCACGCCGUAAAUCUAUAUCUACGAUAUAAGCCCCCAAUUGAAGAGCUACACCAGUUUUUGGAAUUUCAGCUGCCAAGGCAAUGGGCACCAGUGUUUAGCGAACUUCCCCUUGGUCCACAAAGGAAGCAGCAAAGUACGGCAUCUUUACAAUUUAGUCUCAUGGGCCCGAAGCUUUUUGUAAACACAACCCCAGUUGAUGUUGGUAAGAGGCCAGUGACUGGUCUUCGGCUUUAUCUAGAAGGCAAAAGAAGCAAUCGCUUGGCCAUUCACUUGCAGCACCUUUCAUCUCUUCCGAAAAUUUUCCAACUCGCUGAUGAUCCACAUGGUAAUUUCUGUCAGGAGUUCUACGAUCAUAGGUACUAUGAGAAAGUUCAAUGGAAGAAUUUCUCUCAUGUUUGUACUGCUCCAGUUGAGUCUGAAGAGGAACUUUCUAUAGUAACGGGAGCCCAAUUACAAGUUGAGAAAUACGGAUUUAAAAAUAUUCUUUUCUUACGAUUGCGAUUCUCGACUGUGUCGGGAGCUACAGCUGUAAAGCAUCCAGAGUGGGACGGAUCACCAGGGUUAGCACCUAAAUCUGGCAUCAUAUCAACAUUAAUCAGUCAUCACUUCACAUCAGUUCAGAAACCACCUCCACGACCAGCUGAUGUGAAUAUAAAUUCAGCUGUAUACCCUGGGGGGCCCCCAGUGCCUGUUCAAGUCCCCAAGCUUCUGAAGUUUGUUGACACAACAGAGAUGACGCGUGGGCCCCAGGAAACACCUGGCUAUUGGGUUGUAUCUGGGGCCAGACUAGUUGUCGAGAAGGGUAGGAUUUCUCUCCGGGUUAAAUACUCCUUGUUAACUGUAGUAUUACCUGAUGAAGAUUUGGAACCAGAACAUUAGCAGAUUUCUCCCCUUGCCCUGUUUGAACAAGGGUGAAAAAUACAUGCGUCUCAAAAGAAGCAAGGGGGAAGAAAGCGCAAGUUAUUGGCGGCUAUGUAAGUUGAAAUGCAGGUAGAUGCUAGAUUGAGAUAAUGAUUGAAUGGGAAGAAGUUCGGAAAUUCUUGUUGAAAUAUUGUUCUCAUCACUUGUAUUUCCCCCCUGUAAUGUAAUUCUGUUUCUAUUGUAGAUUCCCAGAUUGGUGCCUUCAAUCUUGUAACAAAGGUAAUUUUAUGUCCUCA